AUGGUGUUCGUAAUGUGGGUGAUUAGGCCAAAAGGUGAGAGGUAUGACAUCACAAAUGAAUAUGAGCGUGUACCAACAAUGUUCACCAUAAAGCUACACCAUGGUGGAAAUUUUACCAAGCUUCCAAACAUGAAAUAUGUUAAAGGUGAAGUGCGAUAUAUUGAUUUAGUAGACAUUGAUGAGUUCUCAGUUCAUGAACUAGAUGGAAUGAUGCUAGAGCUAGGUUACUUUGUACCCCCAGUAAUAUAUUACCAUUUUAGGAUUCCUUAUGAAGACUUGGAUUUUGAUCUUAGAGCUUUAGGGAAUGCUAAUGAUGUCUUGAAUUUGGCUAAAUAUAUUGGAGAUAACAAGGAGCUCUGUGAUGUUGAUCUUCCAAAAGAAGGAAAUGUACCUCAAGUACAAGCAAAGGAUAAAACCCCAAUAAUAGAUGAAGCUAAUGAUCAAACACAGUUGGCAGGGUAUAUGUCCUGGAUACUCUUUGACAGAGUCCCUACACAAGUUUCACUAGAGUAUAGAAGAAAUGGAAGGGUGAACUCAAUAGUUGAUCAAAGUUCUUAUGCCAAGAAGCUUCGUUUAGUUGAAUUGGAUGAUGUAGUAGAAGAUCAAGGUGGUGAUCAUGCUAAAUUGGAUGAUGUUGUACAAGAUCAAGGUGGUGAAAAUCCUAAAUUAGAUGAUGUGGUACAAGAUCAAGCUGGUGAGAAUGCUAACAUGGAUGAUGAGAAUGUUGAAGACCAUCAGUUUAAACAUAAAAAGUCUGCUGAUAGUGAUGAUCUUGGGAAACAAUCAGAAGAACAAUAUGAUGAACUUGUUGAUGAUGAAAACUAUGUAUUAGAAGUGGAGGUGGAUAUGACUGACUUUAACCUCAAUCUUGAUAAGGAUGAUGGUUGUGUUCAAAUGGAUGGGUUUCAUAAUGGGGUUGGGACAAAUGAUGAACAUGAGGACAUAGAAGUCAUUGACAAUGAUAGAUGGAAUUCUUUAGAUGAAGAGUCAGAAGAUGAAAGGAAAAGAAAAUGUAUUCUUAAGACUUUAGCUGAGGAGAAAAGAUACGGUCUUGGCAAUGUCCAUAAGGCCAGUUUUUAUGGUGGGAAAAAGUUUAAAUCAAAGAAAAUUUUGAAAGAAAAAAUUGACAUGCACGCAUUAGAAACUAGGAGGAAUUUAUAUUAUAAAAAGAAUGACAAGCUUAGACUUCAGGCAUUGUGUAGAGGCGUAGUCCCUAUCAUGGAUGCAAGUGGGGUGGUAGGCCUUAAUACCAAAAAUAAAAGAAAGGGCAAAGAGCGAAUCAUGGACCAAAUCGACACGAAUCUAGGGAUUCCUCUUCGAGCAUUGCAGGAAAAACUUCAAAAGGACUUCGAGGUUGGUGUUUCUAUUGAAGAAGUAUUCAGGGACAAGGCUAUUGCAACUAAGAUCGUGGAGGGUGACUAUACGAAACAAGAUGAGAUCUUGAGGGACUAUAUCCUUGAAUUGCAAGCAACCAAUGUUGACACAACUGUCAAUAUUGAUGUUUACAGUGAACAAAACCCAUCAAACCCAACGAGGAGGUAUCUUUUGGGUUUCAAUGGUGCGCAUAUGAAAGGACCAUUUCCUGAGCAGGCUCUAACAACAGUUGGGUUGGACUCUAACAAUGGAAGAGCAAUCUCUGAUAUACUGUUAAACAACCUUUGUGAGGUAUUUAACAUCAAUAUAAUAGAGGGAAGAGAUAAGCCUAUCAUAGGUUGUUUGGAGUAUAUUAGAGAAUACUGGAUGAAGAGAAUCUGUAAUGUUAUGAAGGUGAUAGACAAGGCAAAAGGGCCUUUAACACCCACUGCAACAACCAUAUUGGAUGUAAAUAAGUCUCAUGCAUCAAAUUACAUUGCUAGGUGGAAUGGGGGUGAGAAAUACCAAGUCAGUGGGGCAUGUCAAGAUCAACAUGUUGUAGAUGUUAGGAACACCACAUGUACUUACAGGAAGUGGGAGCUAAUAGGCAUCCCCUGUAAACAUGCCAUUGCAACCCUCUAUGAAAUGACCAAGAACUCAGAGGAUGUUGGUGACAUUUAUAGGUGGGUCAAUAAGUUAUACUGGUUGGAUACAUGGAAGAAUACAUAUUCCUAUAAGGUAGAGCCCAUAAAAGGAAGAAUAAUGUGGCCUAAGCGUUUGUGUCCCACUACACUUAUCCGUCCAAUACAUCAUAAGCAACCAGGUAGGCUUACAAAGAAGAGGAAGAAGGCUGUAAAGUUGGUCCUGAUGGAGCUCAAAAAUUAA